AAGGAGCGACCGUAAACAGAAGAAAGCGGAAACAAAGGGGUUUUUUAUUAAAACACAAACACAUCCCUGGCUGUGGAAGUACCCAGGGAAUAAACUACAAACAGUUGACUUCGCCAGCAAUAAUACUGAAACGGAAAAUAAAGACUGAAUCGAAGUGAGCUGAGAAACGAACUGCAUCAGUCAAUAUGGCACUGAAAAGAAUACAGAAGGAGCUGCAAGACCUGCAGAGAGACCCUCCAGCACAGUGCUCUGCUGGACCAGUAGGGGAUGACUUGUUUCAUUGGCAGGCGACUAUAAUGGGUCCAGGUGAUAGUCCCUACCAAGGAGGAGUCUUCUUUCUCACAAUCCACUUCCCCACUGACUACCCAUUCAAGCCACCAAAGGUAGCAUUUACAACAAAGAUUUAUCACCCAAAUAUUAACAGCAAUGGCAGUAUCUGUUUGGACAUUCUACGGUCACAGUGGUCUCCAGCACUAACAGUCUCUAAAGUUUUAUUGUCCAUAUGUUCAUUGCUUUGUGAUCCAAACCCAGAUGAUCCCUUAGUUCCAGACAUAGCGCACAUCUACAAGAACGACAAAGACAGAUACAACAAACUAGCAAAAGAAUGGACCCAAAAGUACGCCAUGUAAAGAAAAAUCAAAGAUAAAAAAAAACAUGCUGAUUUUUUUUCUUUUUCCAUCCUUUUUUAAAGUCACAACACACUGUAAAUUAUAGUAUGAAAUCAAGUAAUCUUUGGUAACUUCCAUCAAACUGUAAUGUCAUUGUUACUAAUCUGAGACCAUGACAUAUACAUUAUUUGUUUCUGAAAGGAAGCAGAGAAUUUUACUUUGAGAAAAUGAGAAAGAUUGCCUGUGGUAAUUUAAUGGAUAUCUUGACAUUUCAAAGUUUGGCAUGUUGUUUUUGCAUCAAGGACAUUUUAUUUAUAAAACACAACUUUUACAUUGAUUACAAACUUCUUUACCGCAUUCUUCAUUUUUAAGUGAAAAACUAGUGAAUUGUAGGACACGAAUCCCACGAUACGCCGUUCAGCAACAAGAGAGGACCUGAGUGAUAGAGCAGCAAUACCAAAUAUGUUAGCCCCUCAUUCUGACACGUCUGUAAAACAAAACAAUAGUGACAACGUCAUAAUUUCCCCUUUGUCAUUACAACUUCAUCCUGACCUUCAUGUCGUGGGUGAUGGAGGUUCUGGUUUGCUCUUGUUGAGGUUCUUGUGUUGCAGACAAAGUAAAAUGAAAGAAUGUACUGUUGCAGUUUCCCAGAAAAUGGGAGCAAUUACAAGUCAUGUAUUACUGUGUUUUUCAUCUCUUAUUAUUAUUAUUAUUAUUAUUAUUAUUAUUAUUAUUAUUGAUGAUAAUUGUAUAGUAUUAAAAUCCUCUGGAACUAUAUAAUUGUUUUAUUCUUUUUCAUUUAGAGUCAUCACCAAUGUAAAUCUGUCAUUAAAACAAUGUACUCUUUUCCCCUGGGACUAGCUGUGAUGUUGAGUUUUUGGUUGGAUUUACACAGGCACAAUGAUCAGAUUUUUAACUCUAUGAAUCCUGUACCUACGGGGUUAAUGUGUUCUUCUGUUCGACCUCCAGUCUGUCUGUAUCUAUGCUACAGAAAGGGUAAAAAUCCCAGUUUCUGUUCCUGUGUAAACAGUCUCUCGUUUGUGUCUCUGAGGCCUGUGUGGCACCUUUUGUACUGAAUUAAAGAAUGGUACAGUUUUUUAUCAUGA